CUCGAGGGUGCAGGAAGUGUUGGGAUAUGAUUUACUAAAAGGAGGAAUUAUUUUUUUCAUAUAAAGGACUUUUGUUCCGACUAAGUGCAUCAAGGAUGGCGGUGUUAAGGGUCGCUCCCUGCCUCCUAGUUCUCCUCGCUGUCUACUCAUUCCCUGGGCAUGUCUGGGCACAUCCAUAUCCGCCUUCAAUUCAGGAGACUCCAGACUUACUCCCUUUGACGUCCGAUUCAGUGCAGCAGAAGAGCAGUUUGCCAAUUCAAGGUUCAAGCCAACUAUCCCCUGAUUCAGUGCAUCAAAAUUCCUACACGAUUCUACCCAUUUCCGUCCCAGUUCAGUUAAAUCUGAAAGCAGGUCCUUCUAGCAGCGAUCCUGGUUAUCUCUCUCAGGGGCCAGCUCUUUCUGUUUUAAACCAGGAGACCGGAUCCAUUCGCAAUGGCACAGACUCUUCAGGAGACAUAACAGGUGAAGGCAUUUCAGCUCAUGACUUUAAUUCGAAUUCAUCCUCUGACCCUGGACUUUCAUCCAAUCCUUCGCCAAGGUAUGCGAGGAAGUUAGCCAACCAGAAUCCUGUUAGUACAAAUUACCAAUCAGAUAAGACAGGGGACUUGCAUGUAACUCAAAUAACUGACUUUCGAUCAUCUAAAAUAUCUGACCAGAUAGUUCCCGAUGAAGGAUCUGCGAAGCUAGUUAGUCCACAACUACCAGUGUUGCCUAGUCUGGGAGCUACCAGGUUAAUUGAUCUAGGAUCUGCCAAGGUAAUCGACACUAAAGCAAAGUCUAAACCAGAUAAUUUAAAAGAUGUUACUAUAAGCUCUAUUAGGGUUACUGACUUAGGAUCAAGACCUGGAGUUACAUAUUUAGGAUCUGUUAAGGCAAGCGACUUAGGACUUAUUAAAACUGUUGAUGCGGCUAAUGUUCAGGUAGGUGACUCAGGCUUUGUCCAAGAAAGUAAUAUUACCUCUGCCCAGGUAGGUGACUUGAAACCUAACACUGCAAGUGACUUAGGAUCAGCAAAGACAAAUGACAUAGAUUAUAUUCAGUCAAGUGGCCUAGAAUCCCUCGAGGCAAGAGAGCUAGUUUCUGCCCAAACAGAUGGUUUAGGAUCUGCUCAGAUAAAUGAGCUUGGGCCAACCAGACUGAUUGAUCUUGGGUCUAUUAAAGUGUUAGACGCAGGACCUACAGUUGACUUAGGACCCACUAUAGGAAGUGACUUGAAUUCAGCCAUACCUAGUCAAAGGCUUACUCCUGGGAUACUCUCCGAACCUACAAAGGUAGCUGAAACAGGAUUUCCCGAGGUAUCAUAUCUAGGAACUGUUAAAUUAGCUGAUCUUAUAUCUACAAGGGAAAGUGACCCAGAAGUUGACCUAGAAACCGCAGUGGAAACGGUUCUGAAAUCUGAAGAGAAUAACCUAGAAACCACUGAGAUAUCUACAGGACACUAUCCAGAAUUCCUGCACGCCUCUUCUGCAACAGAAGAUGAAGAUUCAUUCCCAGAGAUUGAACUCGACACCAGCCCUUUCAUUAGCCUUGACUCUGCCCUUUUUAUUGACUUGGGACCUUCUUCAACUGACCCAAGUGCACCAUCUACCGAGGUCCAGGAAGAUUCCCCACUUAUAGACCUUAUCUCAGACACCAUCCUAGAAAUGGUAACCAAAGAACCUGACCAAAAUUCAGAACCAGGGCCUCAUGGCGGUCUGUUCUCUAAGCCGUUUGUCAUAAUGGGUCCAGGUAACACGCACGAUUUCUCGGCUUCUCCAUUUAAAUCUCUGCAAAAUUCAUCUGAACCUAAAGAGCAGAUCUCCCGAGAAAUUCCAUUUACAGGAUUCAGUUAUGACUCUCAAUUGGAUCAAAACCCUGAGGCAGAAAAGGGAAAUGGCUCGGUUCACGGCAUGGAAGUUAAGACAGACUACAACAAUACACAGAGCCUGUCUUAUCCUCCAAUUGCUGAGCUUGGAGAUGCCUCUAAAGGUACUUUUGAACAGUCAUCGCUUCAUGAACCUGGGGAUCAUCAAACGUCUGUGCACAGCUCUGCUUUCAACUCAGAUCUUCAGCAUGUUCCACUUGAACAAUCAUCCAAGGUGGGCCAUGUCCCAGUUAAUGACAGACACUUCUCAUCUGCUCUUGGAUAUGAAGCUUCCAGAUACACACCACUCUCUGACUUUGCAUAUUCUUUGGACACCACUGAAGGAGAGGCUCCACAAAUUACACUUAGACAAAACAGUGCAAUCAAUACGGAUAAUGAGCCAUCCUCUGACAUGGCAUUUCCAUCUUAUGACCUGAAAUAUAAUUCUGCAUCCUCAGAUGACUUCGACUACCCCUCUACUUCGUCACAUGAGCUGGAGCAAUACCCAGCCUCAUAUAAUCUUGAGCAGAUUACCCCAUUCAAAACAGAUCUUUUAACUGAUUCUUUUAACUCUAAUGACUACCUCAACCCCGACAAAGCCUCAAAGCCUCAGAAUAGAGAAAAUCUUCAGCAGGACAAAUCAUCACCUACUGAUGUUGCCCCAGUUCAUGCACUUAGCACAGAGCCAAACCAAGGGACAACCUCUCAAGAUCCAGUUUCAAAUACCGCACCAAGAUUCUUCCGUGAGAUAGCACAUGAAUCUGGUGUGGAAGCUCAACACUCUCUACAUGGUGUGCAGGGACAGUCGGUCCUGGGUGAUGAACAGCAAUAUCAAGUGCCCCUUUUGGAGGGAGAUAAAUCCUCAAUUCUAGGAUCAGAAUAUGGUCAACUCUCUGCCACAGGGUCUCAGUAUAAUCAGUUACCAACAACUGGGGAAAAGCAAGACCAAUCCUUACCUAUAGGGUUGCAGUAUGAUGAAUUACCAACAAGUGAUCCUUCCCUAACCACAGGGUUUGAUUAUGAAUACUCCUCAGUCACAGGUUCGCAGUAUAACCAAUCACCAGUAAGUGGAGAAAACCAUAGCCAGUUCUCUGCCACAGGGUCUCAAGCUAAUCAGAUAUCAAUCCCUGUGAUAAAGAAUAAUCAGCCUCAAAUUUCAGGGUCAGAAUAUGGCCUGUCCUCAGACAUAGGGUCACAAUAUAGCCAGUCUUUAGGCAGAGAGACACCAUUUAAUCAAGUACCAGUAAUUGGGACCCAGUACGACCAGUCUUCAGUUACACACUUUGAAAAUAUUCAGACACCGGGCACAGUGCCUCAGUUUGCCCAUUCCGCAAUUGGGUCACAGAAUAACCAGUCGCCAGAAACUGUGUCACAACAACAGUUUUCUGUUACAGGAUCAAUUUAUAAUCAGUUAGAAACCAAUGUGCCCAACCCUGACCAAUCCUCAGUCACAGAAUCACAGUAUGACCAGUCUCUACUAACUGGACCACAGUAUGAGCAGUCACUACCAACAGGACCACACAAUGUACAGAUUUCUGCUACAGGGUUUAUAAAUGAAUCACCAGUUAUCACUUCACAUCAUGUCCAAUCCUUAACAUCAGGCUCACGGUAUGACCAGCCAGUACCAGUUAUCAAAGGACAAAAGGAUCAAUCAGUAAAUAACCAGUUUACAGUUGCAGACACCGGCUUUGGUGAACCUAUCAUUACAAGAUCACAAAAUGACCAAUUUAAGACAACAUUCAAUCAUCACAACCAACUUAUAACUUCAGGGUCACAAUAUAACCAACCUACAAUCACUGGAUCACAGUAUAACCAACCUACAAUCACUGGAUCACAGUAUAACCAACCUACAAUUACUGGGUCACAGCAUAACCAACCUGAAUAUGCUCAACAAACAAACAUACAGAAUCCUAUUGGAAUCGACAGUGCAUCAGCAGCUGAAUAUGACUACCUCACUGGCUCUGGUUCUCGUGGUGAUGAAUCUGGGAACUCAAGGUUUGAAUAUGUUCAGGCUUCUGAUGUGCAGACUGAUUAUGCUCAGCCAAUAAGCACAGAACCUGAUUAUCUACAGCCAGGAGAACUACCUAAUGAUUUACAGUUAGACCAAGGUACUAAUAAUGCCCAAGGAAUAAGCCAUGAAAAUGAUUAUGUCCAUGAAGUACAAACAGGAAUUGACUAUACUUCAGGUAAUGAUGGGCUUGAUUACACCCAAGAAGUAGGCCAAGUAUCUGAUUAUGUAGUAAAUGACUAUAGUCAGACAGGACCAGGUAUUGAUGGUGCUCAGGCAGAUGUCUCUGAUUAUGUUCAAACAGUUGUCCCUAAUUACGUUCAGUCAACAGUCCCUGAUUAUGUUUAUUCAGCUGUCACUGAUUUAUCCCAGCCAACAGAUCAGGGAUCUGACCAGAUAGAGCUAACAAACCCUAGCCUUAAUCCACUAGUAGAUCAAAAUAAAGGAAGUGUCGCUCAUAUAAAUCAAAUAUCAGACCAAAGCCAAUUAGGUGCUGCUGCACCCUUUAUUCAACCAGUUAUUUUAUUGCCAGAGCUUAUUCACCCAAGAGAAUUAGGAAGUGAAUAUGAUCAGUCAAGUAGCUUGGACUCAUCAGCUUUCCAGCUUGAAAGUGGCCACCUUUCUGAUAUAAACACCAACGUCGAGGUAAACAUCCAUCCAAAAGGCAAAGAAUCAGAACAUGCUGAUAUAGGAUCUAACUAUCCUUAUACAAAUAAUCCAGAAGCAUCUCAAGUGGCUCCCACUUUAGGAACUGAAUACAGCCAGCUAAAUAAUGUCAGAUUAGAAAAUAUCCAGACAUCUGCCGAGAAAACUGAUUAUGUUCAGCCAUCGUCUACAGGCUACGAGUUAACACAGUCAAGAGUUUCAUCUGAGCUAGGACAUGGACCAGGUCUGACAAAUAACUUGGGUUCUGCCCAUAGUGUAGAUCCUGAAUAUAACCCGCAAGAGACUCAUUUGAACCCUCAGAGUCAUGAGAACUCUUUACAAAUACUUAAUCUUCCUUCCACUCCAAGUAAGGAUUUUUCAGAUGACUCAAUACCUGGGAGCGAAUUUGGCAAUAUUCCAUCCCAAGAUCAUGGUGCAAUAUCCACCUUCACCAACUCGCCAGAUUUCUCCGCAAGUUCUUCAUUUAACAACCAGUAUGAGGAAGCCAAUAAUAAGUCGCCAUUUUCUACACUUGACCUUGCCGCUGAUCAUACAGCAGAUCAGCAUGUCCCUCUGCCUGACGAAGUACCAAUAGCUCGCUCCAUCCCAGAGUCUAAUCCAGAUACCCAAGAGUAUCUGAUACAAGAUACUUUUAGACCAUCUGCAAAAAUCGAUACAGGUAGCCAAGACUUGCUGGAAAAUGAAAAAUAUUCCUAUGAUUUAGAAAAUGCAUCAGCAGCCGAAGUGGUUCCAAGUGCAGCAGAUGACGUAGGAAGCCAGUUAGCGCAUGGCCAAGGCUUUACUUCUGCCCCAGAAUUUCCGUCAGGUGUACUUGAUUCUACUACAACAGAUGUCGGAUUAGGAAUUUAUGAACAUUCUGUUUCAGAAGAAAUAUCGAACAUUUUACAAGAAGCUAACCUCAGUCAGACUCCAGUACCUUAUACAGGACACACUUCAGAUCAUUAUCGAGGAUCUGUACAAACAUCUACACUUGGAUACACUGCAGCACCUACUCUGGGAUACUCACAGAACCCUUUGACAUACACACCAGGUGCUUCUGCGGCAACACCUGCUGUAGAAUACACCUCAACUCCUACUCCAGGAUAUACACCAUCUGUCCGAGGAUACACGCCAGCCCUUGCUUCCGGGUAUACAUCACCUAUAACUCAAGGAUACACAACACUUUCUGCUUUAGGGAAUACUCCUACACCUGCCCCAAGACUCGCAUCAUUGUCUGAUUACAACCAAAGCCCACAGCCUGGGUUGGAAUUUACUCCAAAGCCUAUCCAAGAAUACACACCUUCUCCUGACACAGGGCGAGGGCCAUCUGCUACAGUAGGAUACACACCCAAACCAAUAACAGGAUACACCCCUCAUGAACAAGGACGAAUCUCAGCUUCUACACAGGGAUACCCACCAGUCACUACCCAGAGCCCUACCCAAGAACCCGAUUUUACUUAUACAACACCCUCUGUCUUGAAUCGUACUCCACUCAUUCAGAAAACAAAUCCACUAACUCCCGCAGUGGGAAUCACUCCUUCACCUUAUCCCAACGUCACCCCAACACCCGCUCCUAUCCUGGAUAAUACCUUAGCACCUGCCCAGGAAUACACCACAAGGUCUCCCCAAGGGUUUGCCACCACGCCUGCCUACUCCCAAAGACAAGCUCCAACUCCCAUCCAAGAACAGAGCUCGCCUGGUUUCGGAUUCGCUCAGGCGCGCGAACAAGUCCCUGGAACCGCAACUCCGGCUUCGCAGCGACGGAGGAAGAGACCUUCGAAGGGAAGAAAGACCCAGGACCGCCAGCCAGACCAACUGAAGCCGUACGUGUUCGCCUACUCGAUCACGGACCCGAGGAACGGCGCUGACUUCGGCCAGACGGAGGAGAGCGACGGCAACGUGGUGUCCGGGAAUUACCACGUGCUUCUGCCCGACGGGAGGCGACAGAUGGUGCAAUACCGAGCCGACCCAAUCAACGGCUUUGUCUCAGAAGUGGAGUACGUGGAGAACCAUCUGCCGGGCUCAGGUGGUUUCCCCUUCCCGGCUCCUCGCUCUCGGGUGCCUACAGGUGGCUCUUUACCAUCUGCAAGCUCUACUCAUCCCACAGGUGGCGGGGUGCUCCACCGUGAGCCUACAGGUGAUGCACAGUACCGCCUGCCUACAGCCGGUGAUCAGUACCAGUCUCCCUCCAUCCAGACAAUAACGAGAAGUCUCCCUCCAGUUGAAUUCUUACGCCAGCUGUCGACGAAAGAUACAGAUGGAAACCCCAGCAGAACAAAUGCUGAAGUGCCAUCUGAAGAAAAUAACGAGCAAGAGGUAUCUGCAGGUGGUGAUCGCACGCAACGCCAGGAACCAGCAGCCGGAUCGCCCGUAAUAAGACAACUGCCAACUUGGGUUCACCGUUCCACCGUGAGCGGGCAGCGAGGACCAACUUGGCGCGCUUAUUUCGAAAACUAAACGUAGUAAUAUAAAUGAGACAAUGACAGUUAAUUGAUUAAGGUAAAGAUAGAUGAUGAAACAAGAUAGCUUUUGCAUUUACAGUAUGUAUUCACGCUUCCAAAGCCAAGGAAUUCGGGCGGGAAAAGAAAUCUCGAAAACAAAAGCGCAUCUGUGUGAUAAAAUUACCUUUAAAAAACGCGGAAGUUUUAAAACCACAAGGCAUGAAAUAGAUUAUGCGGAAGUCUUGAAUUACAAAACAUGAAAAGUCGAUUUAAAGACUGCUGUUUGCCCACGUCAUGCAUAGUCAUAGUCUGUUUUGCGCUGAAGCCAAAAAUGCUACGUUGCUGUCAAAAAAAGAACAAAAGAAGAAAAUUGUUGAUGUUAAUAUUUAAUCUUGCCACAGCAGAAAACCAUGUCAUUGCUGUUGAUAUUAAUAUUUAAUUCUAUCACAGCAGAAAACCAUGUUAUUGUUUAACUCUGUAUAUAAAUUGUAUAUAAAAAGGUAUACUAAUAUAUGUUAAUUGUUAUUUUUCUUGUUGAUGUUAAAGUUGCCAAAUACUUGUCAAGCUUAAAUGCACAAAUCUA